AUGGCUUCGCCUCUCCUUGCCGCGCGGGUAGCCCGCAAGACUGCAUUCAAUGUUGCCGGCAAGCGAUUCCUUUCCGAUAUUUCCAUUACUCGAACUGGCAAGCCUAUCAUGCGUGUUGAGGGUGGCCGUUCAUCCCUUGGAGGCCAUACCGUUACCGUAUUUGGCGCAACUGGCCAACUAGGACGAUACAUUGUCAACCGACUGGCUCGCCAGGGAUGUACCGUCGUUAUUCCCUACCGUGAGGAGAUGGCCAAACGUCAUCUCAAAGUCACUGGAGAUCUCGGCCGUGUUGUCUUCAUUGAGCACGAUCUUCGAAACACCCCUUCAAUCGAGGCCAGUGUGCGACACUCGGAUGCUGUUUUCAAUCUGAUCGGCCGUGAUUAUCCAACCAAGAACUUUUCCUUGGAGGAUGUGCAUAUCGAGGGUACCGAGCGAAUCGUUGAGGCUGUCUGCAAGUAUGAUGUCGACCGGUAUAUCCACGUUUCUUCCCACAGCGCCAACUCUCAGUCCACCUCGGAAUUCUACCGCACAAAGGGCCGAGCUGAGGAGGUUGCCCGCAGCCUUUUCCCCGAGACCACUAUCGUCCGCCCUGCCCCCAUCUUCGGUUUUGAGGACAACCUCCUGCUGAAGCUGGCUGGUGUCACCAACCUUUUUACUUCCAAUAACAUGCAAGAGAAGUUCUACCCUGUUCACUCAAUUGAUGUCGGUGCUGCUCUUGAGAAGAUCUUCUUUGACGACACCACUGCAGGACAGACCUUCGAGCUUUACGGACCUAAGAAGUACAGCAUGGAGGAGAUUUCUGUCAUGGUUGACAAGGAGAUUUACAAGCAGCGACGACACGUCAACGUGCCAAAGGCUAUCUUGAAGCCUGUCGCUGAGCUGCUGAACAAGGUGCUUUGGUGGCACACUAUGUCGGCUGAUGAGGUCGAGAGAGAGUUCUUGGACCAGGUCAUCGAUCCCAAGGCCAAGACGUUUAAGGACCUCGGCAUCGAGCCUGGUGACAUUAUCAACUUCACCUACCACUAUCUGCAAGGAUUCCGAAGCCAGAACUUCUACGAUCUCCCCCCUGCGACAGAGAAGGAGAAACGGGAAGAGAAGAAGUACAUCCACGUUCUGGAUGAAUUAAGCCUCUCGAGUCACGCCUUGGCCGCGUUGGCCGAAUUCCACGCUGAAAAGGAUGCCCAUGAAAAGACGUUCCAGAAGUUGAGGACCGGCGCCGCACCUAGAGCCGGAGCCGGACUCGGGGUGGUUGAACCGGAGGACGAGGAUCCUGUAGCGGAAGACGUGGACGACCAGCCGCUGAGCAUGGCCGCCUUCACGGAGGACUGGAACGAAUCGCAGUUUUGGUUCCUGGACGAAACUGCAUUGGCCCUGGCCGAUCAGCUCCUCGAUGGUGCAUCGUCGAGUUCAACGAUUGGUGUAGUGUCGACACCAAGUGUAUUCAUUGCACUUAAGAACCGCCUUAGAUUCUGGCCUGUCCAAGAUCGACCAAAGCUGGUGUUGUUUGAGCAUGACCACCGGUUUAGUGUCUUCCCUGAAUUCGUCUUCUACGACUUCCAACGACCUCUCCAACUUCCACUUAACCUCAAGGGCAGCCUGGACAGUGUUAUCAUUGAUCCUCCUUUCUUCAGCAAUGAUUGUCAGACGAAGUUUGCUCUGACCGGUCGCUGGCUCAUUAAACCAAAGUCGCCCCGUGUCAUUGUCUGCACUGGCGAGCGAAUGGCUCCCAUCAUCGACAAGCUCUACAGCUCUGUUGGAGUCUACCCAACCACGUUUGAGCCCGCCCACGCAGGAUUGAGUAAUCACUACUACUGUUACGCCAACUUCGAGAGUUCGACCUGGGACUGGCGACUGGAUGAAUCCCAUUAG